UUUGUCCCAAACACAAGAACAAAUCUACUUUUUCUCGUUCUUGUUUCUUCUCUUCUUCCUUUCUUCCACUUUUGUAGUAUUUUUGGAAAGGGAAAAUGGCGGGUGAGCAAAUGAAGCCUGUGGCCUCUCUACUUCUUGUACUCAAUUUCUGCAUGUAUGUGAUUGUUCUAGGGAUUGGAGGAUGGGCCAUGAACCGAGCCAUCGACCGUGGAUUCGAAAUUGGCCCUGAUUUCAAUCUUCCAGCACAUUUCGCCCCAAUUUAUUUUCCUAUGGGAAACGCUGCAACAGGUUUCUUUGUGACAUUCGCGUUGCUUGCGGGAGUAGUUGGUGGAGCUUCCACAAUCUCUGGCCUUACACACAUUCGUUCGUGGACCGUGGGAAGCUUACCAGCUGCAGCCAUGGCCGCAACUAUUGCAUGGACCCUCACAGUCCUUGCCAUGGGAUUCGCCUGGAAAGAAAUCGAGUUUCAAGUGCGAAAUGCAAAACUGAGAACCAUGGAGGCGUUCUUGAUCAUACUCUCUGUCACACAGCUUCUUUACAUCGCUGCUGUUCACGGCGUGAAGAAACCUACUUAAGAAAUAAUGUUCUUUCGGGUUUCUUUCUACUUUUCAAGUCAAACUAGGGAUUGAGUGUGGGAAUGUUUGUUUGUCUGAUGAUAUUUUCAUAGGAAGUUGAAGUAAAGCUUAAGUUAAAUUCAUGCAUUCUUUCUGUACAAAAGGAUCAGAUCUUGAUUUGUGUGUGUGUAUCACUUUGUGUUCAUGGAAUAAAAUCAAACUUUGAGGCUUGAAAUGGAUCGCACUUCUACAUGUGUCUAAUGAAAUACACAGGAUAUAAACGACAAUUGUGGGAACUGAUAAAAAUAGAGCUAUGUUGCUAAAAGCCGCCCACAUUAUUAUCUAUCAAAGAUAAUGUACAAAGAGUACGGACCACCGUAAGUUCUGCUUUUUCAGUUGUCUUUGAGCUUUGGCUGUCAUAAUAAGCGUCCAGCCUUAUCUAACUCCUGCUCGUCAGCAGCUCAAGCAGAGAAUACAUGUUAAUGACACGGGUUAUAACAUAAUAGGCAAUGUUGCCAAAGAUACACAACAAAAGGAUUUGAUUUCCGAGAGAGUGGAGAGAAACUAGAAGAAUCUGAUCCUUUUACUGGUGGGAAAAUGUUAGGAGAUGAGUUUACGCUAACUGCUAUUUCUACAAGAUUUUGUGACAAUCCAAACAAAUAACAUUAAAGUAGCUAAUAGCUAUUAAGAAUUGCAUUGGCAUAUGAACUUCAGAUUCCUGCCACACUAUAAUCUAUAGAUGUAGACUUCUUGGUGUUAACUUGACUAAGCACGAGUUGUGUGUUUUAAAUAGCUUGGCAUUGGACAUUAGUUCUACACAAUUUCAGUAACAAAUAUAGAAUAAUAACAAGAACAACAAUGAAAUAAUUGGAAAAGCCUCUCGGAGAAAGUUUUUAAAGUGGAUA